AAGAAAAGUAACAUUUCCUCGUAACCCAAUACCCUCUCUCUCUCUCUCUCUCUCUCUGUCUCCCUCUCCUUGUCCGUUCCUUGCCUCUUUGUCUCUCUGUCUGUUACUGUGAAGCUUCUUUAUCUGAGUAGUUUUCUUUUUACCCAUCCCCAUACCCCUCCUUUUCUUGUAUUUGUGCAGCUCCAAGAAAGAAAUGAAGAAAGAUAUCGCAUUUUAAAAACCCUUUCAAGUAGCAUCCACCUUCAUCUGCUGGUUCAACCUCAUCCUCAUGGAAGACUAUUAUUAUUCGGGGAACCAUGUACCAGCCUUUGGGAGCUGGGACUGGAAUGAUGACCUCCCUUUCACUCAGUGUUUUGAAUCUGCUAGGCAAGCUGGGUUGCUUCGUUACAGUUACUCAGAGGAUCGGGAUUUAUAUGUUACUGGUGAUUUGUAUGAGAAUGAUGUGGUCGCACCGGCCAUGAUUGUUGUUCCUCGCCGAAGGGCAAAACUACGUCGCUACCGUGUCAAAGAAGAGAAAAAAAAGCAGCAGCAGCAAAGUUGGGUGUUUGGUGGUAUGAAAGAACCACCGAGCCCCACUGCUCCUCCUCCUUAUCCUAUAAUGGCCAGGCAAACACCUAAGCCUGUUGAUGAAGACUUGUACAGAGUCUCACCACAGCUUCUUUGUGCAAAACACAAAAAGGCACGCAUGCGCUAAGCUUCCCUGUUUCUUCUCAUUCUAUCUUGUUUUAAUUUUGGCUUAAUACAUGUUUUGCACCUAAACUUUAUCUAGCAUAGUUAACAUUUAACACCUUUAUAAAAGUGUUAAUAUUUGCCAUAUAAAUUUUAUAAAAGUAUAAUU